AUGAGAACGGUAUUCGGCAAUGUCUUGUUUUCCACCGUUCGGGUAACUGGCGGCCAAGCUGAAGUUGUUGACCGACUAAACGAGAUUCUGUCCCUGAAUCCGACGCCAGGUGAAUUUGCCGCUGACAAGGCUAUUCGCCACCUUGAAAUCGUUGUCAACGGUUCGGCUGUCCCAGAUGUGCGAACCUUCCAAGAUCGGCGAUACGAACUUUUCGACCAGCGUUGUAUGCGCAAGAUCGCAGAAGCUGUAACACGGCUACCGCUUCCAAGCAUCAACCUCAACUUUCGGGAAUCGGAAGGUGCUGAGACACCUUUCGAUCUUUACGAGCUGGCACAGUCGAUUAGACGCUUGGGGAGAUAUCGUCCCUCGCGACUUCAAGACAUUCGGCUGGUAACGCCACAGGGAGAUCGGAGUCUCGACGUGAAAAUCCUUAUUGGAGCCCUUUUGAGCAGAUGCGGAAACGACGGAGUACGUUAUCUUGACGUAGAUUCUCUCAACUAUCUCACGCUCUAUGGCGAGACACUUCGGUAUCACACGAACAUCCUGGGUCUUUAUGUUGGGCAGCAAACCAAAGGCUUCCAUGUGAAUACAUGGAUGCCGGAACACGAGAUCAGAUCACUUGCGGAUAAUGGGUUUGUAUUUCUCCAACAGUUGGUGUUCGCUGGAUUGUAUGAUCCGCAUCCGUCGCCUGGUUUCGAAGAGGAUGGUGUAUACGACUUUGAAGUUUCAAUCAACCGAAUCUCCACUAGCAUCAAGAAUGGACUGCCACACUUGCGGUACUUUGCGUUCUGCCUCAUGGAAGGAGCAAUGGUUCGAUGCUCGUAUCAAGGUCAACAGUACAUCGACAUGAUGGAAAAUCUACACCAUGACAAUGUACAGAUUGUGAUGAAAUCGAUCACUUAUGAUGCACUGCUUCAACUCCCGCAGCUGAAACAAAUGUGUCUCCUCACUCGAGGAUCGUCAUUCUUUCGCGCGCGUCGCACAAUGGAAGUUGGCCCCGUCAACGUCGAGACCGUAUCUUACCUGAGCUUACCUCGCGGUGCAUUCCCGCUGGCGAUUGACCGAAGACUCACGGUGGCGAGCAGAUAUCAUGCGCGAAAAGUUGAAACCGCUACUGUUUUCCCAUGGCUCACAGGACUGGAUCUAUUCGACGAAUGA